AUGGUGAAGGUGUCGUUUCACUCGGCCUUGGCCCACAAGGAGGGCGGCAAGAAGGACGACGGCGAGGAGGAGGAGGAGGGCAAAGAGGGCGGCGGCCUGGGCCAGGUGCUCAUCGUGCCCGCCGGGGGCCAGGAUCCCGAGGCGGUGGUGCCUGCUCGACAAAGGAGAGCUUGGUGCUGGUGUUGGUGCAUGUGCUUUGGGCUGGCUUUUAUGCUCGCUGUCGUGAUACUUGGGGGUGCCUACCUGUACAAGUAUUUUUCACAUCAGGAAAACGGCGUUUACUUCUGUGGAAUAAAGUACAUCGAGGAUGGCUUGACUUUAACAGAACCCGACCCGGGUGCUCCAGCUCCUCAUUACCAGAUAAUUGAAGAGAACAUUCAGAUCCUGGAGGAGGACGACGUUGAGUUCAUCAGUGUGCCCAUUCCGGAGUUUGCUGACAGUGAUCCAGCGGAUAUCGUUCAUGAUUUUCAGAGGAGACUUACAGCUUACCUUGAUCUUAGCCUAGAUAAGUGCUACGUCAUUCCUCUAAACACAUCCGUUGUUAUGCCACCUAAAAACUUCUUGGAGUUGCUGAUCAAUAUCAAGGCUGGAACCUAUUUGCCUCAGUCAUACUUGAUUCACGAGCAGAUGAUUGUUACUGAUCGCAUAGAAAAUGUGGACCAACUGGGCUUUUUUAUUUAUCGCCUCUGUCGUGACAAGGAGACCUACAAAUUGCAGCGCAAGGAAACACUGAGAGGAAUUCACAAACGUGAAGUGAGUAACUGCCGGAAAAUCAGACAUUUUGAGAACAGAUUUGCUGUAGAAACCCUCAUUUGUGAACAGUGAGAGAUUACGCUUGCAACAGAAGAUUGAAAGAACCUCAUUGGCCCCACCCUUCCUCUCAUACGCCGUGAUUUUUAUUUUAAAUUGGUUAUGUAAGUAGUGGACUGCCCUUCAUAGCUGAACACCAACACUUUUUCUUCUGAUGAUACACCAUCUGGUUUUUUAAAAAUUGUGUUUCCAUAUUUUUAAAGAGUGGUUUUUUCAUGUUGAAUAGCAGUUGUAUAAUGGCUUAGUCGUUAGUGCGUUUCAUGUAAUGAGCCUUGACGAAGUAGCAGGAGGUGCAUAAUACCUUCCAUCUUCUAGCACAAUUGGAUAGAUUGAUCCCUCUGAAUUAAAAACAAAAAAUAUGUGUACAAAUUAACUGUAAACACUUGAGAGUUCUAAUGACAUAUUACUAGUGACGUGGGUGGUUUACGGAGAUCGGAAAAGAGUUUUAAUAAGUGCAAUUUCUUGGUGUGUGUUUUUGUUAAAACGCAGUCAUACUUAAGUUUCAUUUUUGCCAUGGUAUAUUAAUAUGUGUCAGUUGUAAUGAAAUUACACUGUAACUUCAGGUUACUAACAUGUAUAUAAGCUAUAUAUGUGCAAUGGAAAAUAAAUAUUACAAAUCUGUUUGUCUAAAA